CAUUUUUUUAGCUUAUUUAACUAGUGACACACAGACUUAAGGCAGAUUUUCUGAGUGGUAACAGCUUUAACAAAGAACUAUUUUGUUUUUGCGCCUGUGUUUGUAUGUGGGAGAGAGAGAGAGAGAGAGAGAAAGAGCACUCUCGGGAGAAUACCUAAUCAAGGAAAUCGCAUGUCUACAGGAGAGUUCUUUAUCAACCUCUGUGGAGAUCACCCCCGUGGAAGGAUUUUCAAAUGUCUAAGCGAAGCAGUCAACCCACCCAAAUAGGGACGUCCGGAGUCGAGGUGGGUAUGGAAGUCACGAUUCUCCGAAGCAACAGAGUGGUGUUAAAUGACGAAGUAGUUCCAGCAGAGAUCCUGAUCUCCAGUGGCACCAUCACCAACAUUCUGCGGGGUGGAAGGCGAACCCAGAGCCACGUUGAAAAGGUGCUGGACGUUGGCGACUUAGUGGUUAUGCCUGGAGUUGUAGACUGUCACGUUCACAUCAACGAGCCGGGACGCACGGACUGGGAGGGCUACUACUCUGCCACACGGGCCGCGGCGGCCGGGGGCAUCACGACAGUGGUGGACAUGCCACUGAACUGUAUCCCUCCAACCACCACCCUGUCAAACUUUCAUACCAAGCUGGAGAAAGCCAGAGGACAGUGCCACGUGGAUGUGGCCUUCUGGGGAGGCGUGAUACCUGGAAAUCAGGCGGAGCUCGUGCCGAUGCUGAAAGCCGGAGUACUGGGGUUUAAGUGUUUCUUAAUCGCCAGUGGCGUGGAAGAAUUCCCCCAUGUCUGCUGCAAGGAUUUGGAAAUGGUGAUGAAUGAACUGCAAGGCACGGACAGUGUCCUACUGUUCCAUGCAGAAGAAGAACUGGAUCUGGAAGCUAAUACAACCGAGGACGCCGAUCCAUCGGAGUACAGCACGUUCCUAGCCACUCGUCCCGACUCCAUGGAGGUGGAAGCUAUCCAGACCAUCAGCCAACUCUGCCUACGGUACAAGGUGAGAUGCCACGUUGUACACCUCUCCACAGCUCAGGCCUUACCCGUCAUCAGAGAAGCUCGUCGCAAAGGGGCUCCCCUCACAGUAGAGACCACGCACCAUUAUCUCACCCUGGCUGCCGGUCACAUUCCUCCAGGGGGAACCUACUUUAAGUGUUGCCCCCCCAUCAGGAGCAAGAACAAUCAGGAACAGUUGUGGCUGGCCCUACGGAACAGAGAUAUUGAUAUGGUGGUCUCAGACCAUUCUCCCUGCACGCCGGACUUAAAACACUUGGACAGCGGGGACUUCCUACGGGCCUGGGGAGGGAUCUCCUCUUUGCAGUUAGGUCUCCCUCUCUUCUGGACCUCAGCAAGACGCAGAGGAUUUUCCUUGCGUGAUGUGGCUGAGCUGCUGUGUAAGAAUCCGGCCAAGCUGAGUGGACUGGGAUUGCGCAAAGGAUCCCUGUUGCCGGGUCUGGAUGCCGAUUUGGUGAUCUGGGAUCCAGAUGAGGAGUUCCAGGUGACUGAAAAUAUGAUUCAACACAAACACAAGCUGACCCCCUAUCUUGGAUUUCACCUCCAAGGAAAGGUCUUCGCCACCGUCUUACGCGGCAGGCUGAUCUAUAUGAAUGGGAAGUUCACCUCCACCGCUCAAGGUGACACACUUCUAGUGCCAAACAAAGUGCCUGGGAAAACUGCCGUAUCCUAUUAUUAAUGGGAUAUUUGCAGACGGUGACGGGAAGAUGGCCACCAUAUUCCUCGGAAGUCAAUCAAAGCCCCAGGUGGGGCUGAGUGGAUGAAAAGAGAAGAAAGUUUCUGGAGAAUGAAAUCCAAAAGCAAUCAGGGGAGGUCUAAAAUCAAAUCAAGUAACUCUAAGGGCCAACUUUUCAUUUAGAGUUCUGGUCAAAAAAGGUGGGGUUUGGAGCUUUUUUUGUAAUGAUAUUCUACCCCAGUUUUUAGAACAAUGGUUGACAAAUACAAUAAUAAUAAUAAUGAAAAUAAGUGUUAAGCACUAAUUAGGUGCCAGGCACUGUACUGGGCACUGGGGUAUAUACAAGAUAAUCAGGCCAGACAUAAAUCCCUGUCUCACUGGGGGCUCACGGUCUAAGAGGAAAUAGGAUUUCAGCCCCUGUGUGCACUAAGUUAAGGGACUUGCCCAAGGUCACAGUAAGCAAAUGGCAGAGCCAGGUCUAGAACCCACAUCCUCUGACUCUCAAGCCUGGGCUCUUUCCACUAGGUCUCACAGCUUUUAGUGGAGAAGAGGCAUCAUAAGAGGAGUUGAGGCUGGGAGAGGAAAGUGGGUUUGCAAAGAAGUAAUGGAUCAGAAAAGCAUAAUGUGUCUCCACUGGGACAUUUUAAGAUCAGCCCCUCUUAGAAGCUCUGAUUUUGUCAGUCUAAAUGAGUGAAGCUGAGAGUUGAGCCCCAAAAGAUGGAGUUGUCACUAACAUCCAGGAAUGGAACGAGUGAAAAUGAGGCCCUGGGUCCCUAACUGCUAGGGCUCUCUUUCCUCUUUCUUUCAUGUUGGCUUCAAUGUAAAAUAUGUUUCUUGACCUACCAACUUUAGAGAACUAUUUGGAGGCAAGUCGCAGGCAAGAGGCGAGGAGGGAAAAGAGGAGAGUGGAUUGAGUAGAAAGGUGCAUUCCCAACCGCUAGACUGUGAGCUCCUUGUGGGCAGGAAUGUGUCUGUUGUUAUACUGUACUCUCCCAAGAGUUUAGUACAGUGCUCUGCACACACUAAGUGCUCAAUAAAUAUGAUUGCAUGAAUGAAUAACCUAGACAGAAAUGUGGAGUUGAACCCUAUACGCUAUAUACAACAAAAUCACAGCUAAAAAAAAUCAACUAAGCAACAUCGACAAGAGUAACGUGCCAAGAGAAAAGUUCACGCAAGCCAGAAGUUUAGAUAAAAAUCUGACUCCAUAUUUUUCCGCGAGUGAAAAGUGUUUAAUAAGCAAAAAAGCAAAUUCUAUUAAAGUCGUCGUGCCAGUUG